AUGGAAGAGCAUCUACGUCAAAGUAUCUCCAACCACCCCUCAGCGUUCCAGCUGCACAACAGUUCGCCCCACCGAUCCGAGAGGAUGGCGCGCACGCAGCACGAAGCCACCUCCACGGCCCUGGAACUCCAGGAAAUCAUGCAGAACCGCCGUGGUAGCUCCGACGAAGAGGGCAUGCCCCCGCCUCGCUAUACUGCUGACAUUGACCCGUUCAAGCUGGCAUCGAAGCUGAAAACCGAUGAAGAAAUCCGACAGAUCAAGGCCAACACCUCUCGGAAACGCGACAAUGCCCACAGCGUCAAGGUCAUGGAAAAGGGCAAGCAGGCCAUCACUGCUCGUAAAUUGCAGGGCUUUUACGAGAACCAGAACGAGAACAUUGAACGGAUGUUGAAGCCGGUCGAAGAGCAUGUUCGCGCUGCCCGUGAGCUCAACAGCGAGAAUAGCCUUAAAUAUAAGAUCGCCGUCUACGCCAGUUUCGCCGCCAACAUCAUUCUCUGUGUUGUGCAAGUGUACGGUGCCGUCUCUUCCGGCUCCCUGUCCCUGUUCACCACCAUGGCCGAUGCCAUCUUCGACCCCAUGUCCAACUUGACCCUUUUGCUAUGCAACAAGGCCGUUAACCGUGUCGACUCCCGCAAAUUCCCCGCCGGCAAGGCUAGGAUCGAGACCGCCGGCAACAUCUGCUUCUGUUUCAUGAUGACCGCUGUCUCCUUCAUUAUUAUUGCCUUCUCCAUUCGCGAGCUGGUCGAGGGCUCCGACACCCUGACUGCGUCCUUCCACCUUCCCUCCAUCAUCGCCGUCGCCGUUGCCUUUUGCACCAAGCUGGGUCUUUUCAUGUACUGCUUCACCUUGCGCAACCAGGUCUCCCAGAUUCGCAUUCUGUGGGAAGAUCACCGCAACGACCUUCUCAUCAACGGCCUCGGUCUGGCAACCUCCCUUAUGGGAAGUAAGAUCCGUUGGUGGAUUGAUCCCAUGGGCGCUAUUCUACUGUCCGUGCUCGUCAGCGGGCUCUGGCUGCACUCCGCCUACGGCGAAUUCCAGCUUCUCGUCGGUGUCACCGCCGAUACCAAGAUGCAGCAGCUUAUCACCUACAUCUCUAUGACCCACUCGCCCCUCAUCACUGCCAUCGACACCGUCCGCGCGUAUACUUCCGGACCUCGUCUGCUUGUUGAGGUUGAUGUCGUCAUGGAUGCCUCCGAUUCUCUCCGCGCUACUCACGAUGUUGCCGAGGAACUGCAGAUGAAGCUAGAGUCCCUGCCUGAUGUUGAGCGUGCCUAUGUUCACGUCGAUUACGAGACCACCCACAAGCCCGAGCACUUCCUUAAGAAGGAGCUGUAA